AGUGUUGAGAGCAAUGAAUCGACAAUCGAUGCAAUCAUUGAACGUCUUUUUGAGCGUCGCUUUUGUGUUAUCGUUGAGACGAAAGCAACGGAUAUCUCGACGAGUCGUCACACAAACCAUUGACUCGUGUUUUGAGUCCACACUUCUUUGGGACCAACUCUUCGGCACAUUCUGUGGCCGAAAAUGUUGGAAAUGUCAGAAUUGUCUGAUUGUGGCUCAUCUGCGAGCCGUCACGAGAAGAGUUUAGGCCUUUUGACCACUCGUUUCGUGAGUCUAUUACAGGACGCAAAGGACGGCGUUUUGGACCUCAAAAUGGCGGCCGACACGUUAGCCGUGCGUCAGAAGAGACGGAUCUACGACAUCACGAAUGUGUUGGAAGGCAUUGGACUGAUUGAGAAGAAGUCGAAGAACUCGAUCCAGUGGUUGGGCGCCGGACCCGGUUGUAACACUCGGGAGAUCACUGACCGACUGCUCGCUCUUAAGGAAGAGUUGGUUGAGUUGGACGACAAAGAGAUGGAAUUAGACCAACACUUCUCGUGGGCUAAACAGUCCAUUCAUAACAUCACUGACGACUCGUUCAACAAAAGUAUGGCUUAUCUGAGACACGAAGACAUCAACAAUACAUAUGCGGGCAAAAUGCUGCUCAUAAUACAGGCACCGGUGGGCACACAACUGGAAGUACCGCUUCCCGACCCAGACAUCGACGACGAACUGAUCACCGCUGAGGAGGACAUCAAACCGCCGAAGAAAAGGAAAUAUCAAAUUCAUCUCAAGUCCAGAAGCGGACCAAUUAAUGUGGUUUUGGUUAACAAAAGUGAAGACUCGACAGAAACAGAAGUGAUUGAAGUUUUGAAUCAAACCACAAAUGAAUUGGUGUCAAGUGUUGACAACAUUUCCAUCGGUUCUAUUAGUCCAGAAAGAGUGCCGAAGAAGUCUUUUACUGAAAUAAAACAAAUACCUAAACAGAGCGCCGACGAGAGCUCUUCAGCUCACUCUCACGGCACGAGAGCGUCGACCAGAGCUGCGACUAAACCAUCGGAAACGACGAGCAAAAAGCCUAUUAAAAGAAGUGCAUUGAAACAAAGCAAAGAACCGGUGAAGUCAAGUGCAACGAGCGAUGAAGAGUUAUCGCCACCCGAACCGUCACCGGCGGCGCCGCCUUUGAGACAACUGUCUCCCCGUAAAGCCGCUCAACAGCACCUCUUUGUUACCACAACCCGUUCUCAGACACAAAAAGUGGUCGCCGUUUCCGAUGGCUCUAAAGGUGCCAAAGGGUCCGCAAUUCUGACUAAAGAACGAACCAAUCGUUCGGCAAAACAAAUGACGAAAUCAUUAGAAGCGGAGGCGAAUGAAGACUUGAAAGAAGACAAAACCGACAAUAUAUGCGAUACAAACAAAAUACGUAUACCUUUGGCACAGAAACAGAUUAGGGAUAUCGACCACUCCGUCACUCCCGAUGUCUUCGCACCCCUUCUACGACUCAGUCCUCCACCCAAUGGUCGCGACUAUUGUUUCAAUUUAGACAUAAAUGAAGGCAUUUGUGAUCUCUUUCUUUGAAACAAUCAAUGAAUGCAAACAUUAUAUAAUCGCAUAUAUUAUAAAAACCAUCAUUUUUUCCAUUCAAA